GGGAGAGAAUCGUAUCAGUUAUGGUUUUACGAUUCGAUCGCCAAGUUAUACUUAUAGGACGAAGACGUGAUGAGUGUUACUUUUGUGUUUAGUUGUAUAGUAUACGAUAACUCAACUUGAUAGUGAAACUUGAAACUCGAAUUUGAAUUUGAAACUUUAUAAGAAGAAAAAAAAUGAUCACGUUUUGGGAAUUUUUAGGAUACUUAUACGUGCUUCUAAGAUGGUACCUGUAUUUGUACUGGUGGUAUUUCCUACUAAUCGUGAUCCUAUCGAUAUUCAAAGUUCAUUUAGGAGUGCAUCGAGGAAUCGUUGUUGUCAUGUCUCAAAUAUUCAAGUAUAUCGACCAGUCCAGGAAAAAAAUAGUACCGGAUAUCGAAGAUGACGAAGAUCAGGCCAUCGAAUGCGGCCCCAUCAUAUCCCCCGAAGUGGACAGCAAGAUGUACUCGGCGACAAUUUUACAGAAUGGAAAAAUCCCGCGCUUUUCUUCGGCCAUACAAAGAGACAUUAUAUUGCUGCCAGAAUUGCAACACGAAUUGGACCUCGACGAUGAUCAAGAAAUUCGUUUCACAGAAUGCCCAAACAGUACUUACGAUUUAUCCGACGCUAUUCCAUACAUCAAAGCGGGUAUCGAAGCCAUCGUCGAGGAUCAAAUUACAUCACGAUUCGAAGCCGAAGAACUACGUACAUGGAAUCUACUUACUCGAAAAAACCCACGUCUGUGUAUCUAUAACGAUUGGAAAAUCGCUGUGAUGUGGUUCAUCGGUGCCGUCAUCAGAUACUCGAUUUUAUUCCCAGUACGAUUCGUCAACUGUUUCACCUCGAUAGGACUGCUGAUUGCUGGAAUGGCUGUCGUCGGAUAUGUACCUGAAUCGAGAUUCAAAAAAUUACUAUACAAACGAGUCAACAUAAUGUGUUUCCAUGUUAUGGCCAGAUGGCUGGGGUGCUUUUUGACUUUCCACAAUAGGGAGAAUCGACCCACCGGCGGUAUCGCUGUAUCCAAUCAUACGACGCCGUUCGAUGUACUGAUGCUGAAUACUGAUCACUGUUAUUCAUUGACCGGACAACGUCAAGGUGGAAUAAUAGGUGUACUAGAAAGAGCACUGAGCAGAGCUUCACCUCACAUUUGGUUCGAAAGAGCUGUCACUUCAGACAGAGGAGCUGUAGCUCGAAGAUUACGAGACCACGUAUCGAAUCCGAAAAAUCCUCCUAUAUUAAUCUUCCCAGAAGGUACUUGUAUCAAUAACACGGCUGUGACUCAAUUCAAAAAAGGUGCCUUUGAAGUAGGAGCCACCGUUUUCCCCAUAGCUUUGAAGUACAACGCGCUAUACGGCGAUCCUUUUUGGAACAGCAGUAAACAAUCCGGUUUCCAACACGUAAUCGAGAUGAUGACGAGUUGGGCGAUUAAAUGCGAUAUUUACUACUUACCACCGAUGGAACGUAAGCCGGACGAAACGUCGAUACAAUUCGCGAAUCGAGUCAAAGCGGUGAUAGCGAAUAAAAUGAAAGUCGUGAAUUUAUCUUGGGAUGGUGGAGUAAAACGAUCGAAACCGAAACCUGAAUGGAAAGCAUUACAUCAGAAAUUAUUUUCACACAAAUUGAAAACGCGAGUACGAAAUAUCGAUCAAUAAUUCCACGCUUAUUAUUUAUCUAAGUUUUAAAAAAUGUGAUCUAGUAUUGCCUAAGUUAUUUAUAUUUAAAAAAAAAAAAAAAAUACAACAUUCCGUUCAACGAA